UCUCUCGCGGAACAGAGAACCUAUAACGGCUAUAACCAGUAUAACCGCGGAAUUGAAUAGUUUGUUAAUAAAUUUUAUUGUUCUAUGGUAUUAUCUGCGCCCUGUGGUAUUGUACACCCAUAGACAAAAGAUAAACUGCGUCAAACUUUCACUUUUUAGUAGCAUCACUUAAAAAAGUUGUCAAUCGUCAUCAUAGUAUAGGCAACUGUACAAGAUUGCCAUUUGUCAUAGAGAUUUCACUUAUUUUCAACGUUGUUUUAUUAUUAUGGUGUAUUUCUUUAUUAAUUAUUAUCGAUAAAGCUCAGAUAUGACAUUAUAAUUACGAUUUUGAAUUGAAGGUUUUUUCAGACUUUAGAAUGUUUGGUUCUGGGUCAGGUGCAUUUUCCAGUGGAACUGAAAACACGUCAGGAUUUGGUCAAACAAAUUCAUCACUAUUUAAUCAGACUACACAGCCUAAUACGGGAUUAUUUGGAUCUACUGCUGCUGCGUUUGCAUUUGGUCAGACACGGGCAUUUGGAGGAACCUUUACUGCUGCAUCAGGAUUUGGAGCAACAUAUGCCGGUGGCUCAACCAUAAAAUUUAAUCCUGUGACUGGUACUGAUACAAUGAUCUUAAAUGGUAUAAAUCGAACAAUUAAUAUUAUAUAUCAAUCAAUAACUAUUAUGAAAGAAUAUGAUAACACAAAAAUAUUUGAGGUACUUAGAUUUGAAGAUUAUUCUGCAAACCGCAAAUUUGGACAACAGGGUGAUGUUGAAGGCGGAAUUUUUGGAUCCUCUAAAACUGUAUUUAGUUCUACACCAACUACAAGUACAGAUUUAUUUGAAGUGAAUGAUAAUAAACCACUUUUUAGUGAAACCUCAACAACCCUUGCAUCUGGAGGUUUCAAUACAGGUGGAAUUUGUGGAUCUUCAUUGUUUAGAACUCCUACGUCAACAACGGCAUUUACUGGAGGGUUAUUUGGCCAAAAAAAUGCUUCAAUGGGGGAAAAUACUGGAGGUGGAUUAUUUGGCUUUAGUAAAUCUAAUACUGUAUUUGGACAAUCAAAACCAGUUGUAACAGGAUUCUCUUUCGGAGCACCAUUCAUGCAGCCAACUAGUAAUAUAUUUGGUACACCUCAACCAAGCACUGCAGACACCAGUAUGUUUGGCGCUUCUACUACUGGUUUCAAUGCAGGUGGAAUUUGUGGAUCUUCACUGUUUGGAACUCCUACGUCAACAUCAGCAUCUACUGGAGGGUUAUUUGGCCAGAAAAAUGCUUCAAUGGGGGAAAAUACUGGAGGUGGAUUAUUUGGCUCUAGUAAAUCUAAUACUGCAUUUGGACAAUCAAAAUCAGUUGGAACAGGAUUCUCUUUUGGAACACCAUUCAUGCAGCCAACUAGUAAUAUAUUCGGUACACCUCAACCAAGCACUGCAGACACCAGAAUGUGUUAUGACUCGGGUAAAACAGUACAUCCUUUCUCUAUUCCACAAACGAUUCAGAUUAAACCUAAACAGUCUUGUGGUUUACCAAAAAUUGUUCUAGGUUUAAGUUGGUCUUAUUCGGAAAACAAAUGUAUUACAAACUGGUAUGACCCAGCCAAAAAUCUAUUGCAGAAUGCCCCAGAGAUGUUUAUACAGCGUGAUGGAGCUGGUCUGUGCAUUGUAAAAGAUAAACUUGUGGUAGCUGUGGGUGGAAGUUCUUGGAAUGCAAAUUCUACUCGUUCUGUUGAGAUGCUUGAUGUAUCCUCACAAUCAAUCCAUUGGAUACCUAAGGUCAAAUUGUUAGUUGGCCGAAAAAAUGUAGGUGUUGGAGUAUUAGAUGGGUGUAUAUAUGCUGUUGGCGGAUGUGAAGUUGAAGGUUCAACCAUUAGUAACACUAACCACAAUAUCUCUCAGUUCAGAGAAAAUAAUUAUUUGAAUAGUGUAGAGGUUUUUAACUUUGGCUCUCAACAAUGGCGAAUGGUAACUAGUAUGUCUAAUAAGAGAAGUAAUUUUGGUGUUGGAGUGCUCAAUAACCUCUUAUAUGCGGUUGGAGGUUUUAAUGGUUCAUCGUGUUUGAAAUUUGUCGAAUGUUAUAACCCCAUUCUUGAUACAUGGAACCCAAUUGCAGAAAUGUCAGUAGGUCGUUUAGGAGCUGGUAUAGGAGUCUUAGAUGGCAUAAUGUAUGCUAUUGGUGGAACUAAUGCGUCAGUAACACUUAAAAGUGUUGAGGCCUAUAGACCAAAUACUGGAGUUUGGACGUCUAUUGCUGAUAUGAAUUUGUGCAGACAAAAUCCUGGAGUAGUCGUGUUUGAUGGAUUGUUGUAUGUUAUGGGUGGAAAAAACGGAUCUAUUUAUUUGAAUUCUCUAGAAAUUUACAAUCCUAACACAAAUUUCUGGUCAAUGAAAACAUUGUCAACCAGUCAUCUUCCAAUUUAUGGAGCAGUGGUCGUUGAUAGGCCACCAAAUUUAACAUUUAAGAAAUGAUUAGCAUAAAUGAUCUUUUUGUUAGUUGUACUAUUUAUGUAUAAUAUAUGAUACUCUAUAUUUGACAUUUUGUGUAAAUUAAUUAGGUUUUUA